AUGUUUCAGGACGAGCUCUGCGGCCUGGGGGCGGCCGGGGUCGGGGCCGCGCAGCAAGCGCUUCAGGCCCUUUGUCAGGAGCUGAACCUGGACGAGGGCAGCGCGGCAGAAGCCCUAGGCGACUUCACGGCUAUCCGCAGCACCUACAGCCUCGAGGGAGAAGUUGUACAUUGGUUGGUAUGUGCAUUAUAUGUUGCAUGCCGGAAAAGCAUUAUUCCUACUGUUGGAAAGGGCAUCAUGGAGGGAAAUUGUGUAUCACUGACCAGAAUACUACGUUCUGCCAAACUGAGUUUAAUUCAGUUUUUUAGUAAAAUGAAGAAAUGGAUAGACAUGUCAAACCUGCCACAGGAAUUUCGUGAGCGCAUAGAAAGGCUGGAGAGAAACUUUGAAGUGUCAACUGUUAUUUUCAAAAAAUUUGAGCCAAUUUUUUUGGAUAUAUUUAGAAAUCCAUAUGAAGAGCCACCAAAAUUGCAACGGAGCAGAAAACAAAGACGAGUUCCUUGCACUGUUAAAGAUCUCUUUAACUUCUGUUGGACACUCUUUGUCUAUACGAAAGGUAACUUUCGUAUGAUUGGAGAUGAUUUAGUAAACUCUUAUCAUUUACUUCUCUGCUGCUUGGAUCUAAUUUUCACAAAUGCCAUUAUGUGCCCAAAUAGAAGAGAUUUGCUGAAUCUGUCAUUCAAAGGUUUACCAUCUGAUUUCCAUACUCCUGACUUUAGAGUCUCUGAAGAACCACCUUGUAUCAUUGCCACACUCUGUGAGCUGCAUGAUGGACUUCUAGUGGAAGCAAAAGGGAUAAAGGAGCAUUACUUUAAACCAUACAUUUCAAAAUUAUUUGAUAGAAAGAUUUUAAAAGGAGAAUGCCUCUUGGAUAUUUCCAGUUUUGCAGAUAACAGCAAAGCAGUGAAUAAGGAAUAUGAAGAAUAUGUUCUUACAGUUGGUGAUUUUGAUGAAAGAGUUUUCUUGGGAGCAGAUGCAGAAGAGGAAAUUGGAAGUCCUCAGAAGUUUACAGGUGACACUCCUGCAGGAAAACUGAUUGCAAGAGUUCAUAUGGAUUGUAACCUUCAGCAGCAUUUUGCAAAGAAAAGAUCAUUUGCCCCUUCUACUCCACUGACUGGACGUCGGUAUCUACGAGAAAAGGAAGCUGCCACUACUCCUGUAGCUUCAGCAACCCAGAGUGUGAGCCGAUUACAGAACAUUGUGGCUGGAUUGAAAAAUGCACCAAGCGAACAACUUGUGAAUAUUUUUGAGUCUUGUGUGCGCAAUCCUAUGGAAAACAUUAUGAAUAUAGUGAAAAGCAUAGGAGAAGCUUUUUGUCAACACUACACUCAAUCAACAGAUGAACAGCCAGGAUCUCACAUAGAUUUUGCUGUAAAUCGACUUAAACUGGCAGAGAUCUUAUACUAUAAAAUUUUAGAGACUAUAAUGGUUCAGGAAACGAGACGACUUCAUGGAAUGGAUAUGUCUGUUCUUUUGGAGCAGGAUAUUUUUCAUCGUUCUUUGAUGGCUUGCUGUUUGGAAAUUGUGCUGUUUGCAUAUAGCUCACCUCGAAGUUUUCCCUGGAUCAUUGAAGUUCUUGAUCUAAGUCCAUAUUACUUUUAUAAGGUCAUUGAAGUAUUGAUUCGAUCAGAGGAAGGACUAUCAAGAGAUACAGUAAAGCAUCUUAACAGCAUCGAAGAACAAAUUCUGGAAAGUUUAGCAUGGAGCAAUGAUUCUGCAUUGUGGGAUGCUCUCCAUAUUUCUGAAAACAAUGUUCCUACCUGUGAAGAAGUCAUAUUUCCUAAUAACUUGGAGGCAGGGAGUGUUCAAGGUCAUCUCCCAAUGAUACCAUUGUCUCCCAUAGUGCACCCUCGUGUAAAAGAAGUUCGGACUGACAGCGGAAGCAUUCGACGGGAUAUGCAGCCAUUAUCUCCAAUAUCUGUUCAUGAGCGCUACAGUUCCCCUACUGCAGGAAGUGCUAAGAGAAGACUUUUUGGAGAGGAUACUUCCUCAAAAAUGUUUGUCGACAAGACCACAGCAGAAGGAACCAAGAUGAAAAUGGUUUCAUCUUCAAGCAUUAUUGCUGAAAAUGCAUCUGUUUUACCUGGGCAAAGUCUUCUAACUGUGGCACCAGGAGCAACAGGACAAAAAGUUACAAUUCCACUGCAUGGUGUUGCCACUGAUACUGGAGAGAUCACAGUAAUACCCAUGCAACUGAAUGCAAGUGAGCAGUCUAGAGUGGAGAGCCCUGUACAAAUACCAAUUACAGCUCAGUCAUUAAGUGGUACUUCUCCAAAACAACCCCAUGCAACAAAAGCUCCAGAAAUAAACCAGGCUGGAGUAAACCGACCAAAAAGAACUGGAUCUCUAGCACUGUUUUAUAGGAAGGUCUAUCAUUUGGCAAGUGUACGCUUACGUGAUUUGUGCUUAAAAUUGGAUGUUUCCAAUGACUUGAGAAGAAAGAUAUGGACAUGUUUUGAAUUCACAUUAGUGCACUGCUUUGAUCUCAUGAAAGACAGACAUUUGGAUCAGCUCCUUCUUUGUGCUUUUUACAUUAUGGCAAAGGUAACAAAAGAAGAAAGAACUUUUCAAGACAUAAUGAAAAGUUACAGAAAUCAGCCCCAAGCAAAUAGUCAUGUUUAUAGAAGUGUUCUGUUGAAAAGAAUUCCAGUAGAAGUUAGCACAUACAAUAAUAAUGUAAAAGAUACUGAAAUGAUAGAUUAUGACUUAGAUUGUGCAAAAAUACCAGAUUCUUCCACUGGAUCAAUGAAAGAGGAGAGAGGUGAUCUUAUCAAAUUUUACAAUGAAGUUUAUGUAGGAAGAGUGAAGUCAUUUGCACUAAAAUAUGAUUUGUCAAAUGAAGAAAAUGUGAUAGAAGCCCCACCUCUGUCUCCUUUCCCAAAUAUCAAGCAGCAGCCAGUGUCUCCUCGUCGGAUCUCUCAACAACACUCAGUUUAUGUCUCCCCACACAAGAAUGGGACCUGCCUUACCCCAAGGACAGCUUUGCUGUACAAGUUUAAUGGCAGCCCUUCCAAGAGUUUGAAAGACAUCAACAAUAUGAUCAAACAUGGUGAACAAAGAAGCAAGAAACGAGCAUUAACUAUUGAUGGUGAUACCCAGUCACCUACUAAACGCCUCUGCCAGGAAAAUGAUGAUGUGUUACUGAAACGACUACAAGAUGUUGUCAGCGAAAGAGCCAAUCAUUAACACUCAAAUGGUUUCAGGGGGAAAAAUUCAGAUUCAGGUCAGUUUCCCAUUUCCUGAAAGAUAGGCAUUCCCUUUUAUAGCUCUUCAUAUUCACUGAGUCUUUUGGGACAUCCUGUAUCAAGUUGUAUGGAAACUGCAGAGUGAUUACUUUUUAUAUUUUUAUUUAUCUAAAAUAUGGUAUAAGAGAGACUAUAUAGGGCAGGGGGACCUUUUAUCUUUAGUUUUCUUGAUACAAAUACUGAUUGAUGUUGCCACCCACCAUAUUGAAAUUUUCUUUCUUAAGUCAUUAAAAAUGUAUUUAGAUGCUCUUCAGAGGGCAAAUUACAUUCAAGGGAAAUUCUUUUCCCAUACACUUUUGGGAUUAGA